CAAUAGAGAGAGAGAGAGACCCACAGUGUCAUCUGAUUCUCACCGUCAGGCAGGCUACAGGCAGAUCAUCUGGUAUCAUACAAGUGGCUGAUGAUUGUCAGGCUUUAGUGUUACCGUUUAGUGACAGUGAAGAUUACAACCAGUAAUUAGUACCCGACGGAUUCUCUGGACAGUGGCGAUUACACUGACUGGCCUCCCUGUGUACCAGGAAGUAUAAUGAGCCCCACAACUCGGAGACUAAAAGUCUAAGCCUCUGUCAGAUGUCCCUAUUUGGACUGACCAGGGAGAAGGGAGAGAACGACGGGGAUACUUCAGACACUGUCAACUUACACGCCACCAUGGAUAAAACAAACCCUGAUCAACUUCUGACAGAAUUAAUGAAGAUCGAUGUUCAGAUGCGGGAGACGCAUUGCAGCUUAGAAACCAAAAUCACGACGCAGGAAAUCACCCCAUCCGGGGAAAAACCGCCAGAGGCCACUCCCGAAAAGGUGGAACACGUCGCCGAAAAGAUCAUCAUGGCGUUGAAGAACAUCGAAGGGCAGUAUAGGAAAUACUAUUACCUUUUUCCACAGCGAAGGGAACAUGCUUCUCGGCGUUCCUUCCGUGAGGACAGCGGCAUCGGCAGUGGCAUAUUCAACGACGAUCCUGCAGCGACGGAAGUGUGUGUACCACCCAUACAGGAGUCACAGGAGACCCCAGACACAGAGAAGACAUCAGCUGUAGAACACAGCGAGGGAAGCGACAAGGAAGUCAGUCCACAGAAGACCUCGGCUGUAGAAGGACACAGCGAGGGAAGCGACAAGGAAGUGAGUCCACAGAAGACCUCGGCUGUAGAAGGACACAGCGAGGGAAGCGACAAGGAAAGCAGCCACUUGUAACCGAUUGGUGUCUUGCAGCUAUAUUUCAUCUCUACAGACAUUGUUGAGGUCUUCGGGCACUGUUCUACUCAGACAUGCUUGGUAUUUGUAUACAGCUAUGCAUUGUAUACGGUUGUAUAUCCUGCGUCACCGAGUCAUACAUGAAUCACUAUACAACUGGUACAGUAGGUAGAUAGGUAGGUGUGUGUCGUGAAUAGUUGGGCAUACGUCCGGCCAUUUCAUAUUCUUGGAGAACAGGGGGGGGACCAGAACACAUUGGUAAUAAUUUUGGCUGAGGAUUUACAAAAAGUAAGAUUGUACACUGGAUAAAUUUAAACACAGUUACCUUCGGCUCCAUAUUCAGAGAACAUGAUUACCGUAUUCGACGUAAUAAGCGCCCGGGUCGCUCUCAAAAUUAGAAAUAUGGGGUUCUUAUAAGAAAAUGAUUUUGGUGAGAGAAAAAAACAGAGUUGAAAGAUCGUAAAUUUCGUAGUUUAUGCUGACAGCCUGUAAGGAUACAAAACAAAAGUAUGUGCAUAUUAUACACGACAGAUAUAUCUUCCAGAAAGUAAUUGCUCAUAAUUAAGGGGGCAUAGAACACACGAGUGCGUAUUAUACACGAAUAAAUCAAUCUUGUGAACAUUGAUCAAUCGGAAUGGGUGCUAACUGGGAGUGUUCACUAGCUAAUAUAUUAGCAAACAUUGCCGUGGGUGCUUAUUAGAGCAGGGCGCUUACUACGUCGAAUACGGUAUGUGUCUUGAGCCGGUGAGAAAAUAUUAUUCUGUCUCUCUCUAACAAAAUUCUAAAAAUAUUAAAUGACGGAAUGACGGGUUCCAUGUGAACCAGAAGCAUGCUCAGCUCUUCACCAAACACACCUGCCUAUCUACAUAAAGAUACACUCUGAGCAGUUAAUGAUAGAGAUUAGUUACACAGGGAAACCAACCUAUUUGUGCUACCUGGAACUGUGCAUUACCGCAUAUCAAACGGGAAGUUCACUGACGUUUCCUUCGGAUGGGAAUCUGUGUUCAGGGCAUCAGACUUUGGUUGGUGACACAUGGAGCCUUCAGAAGAUGCUGUAGCAGAUGGAUUAGUUCGCAGAACCAUGCUCUGUGGAUGGUACUUUGAAAAGCAGGCAUGUCUUCCUGACAGACUGUCAAACUGUGUGUACUUGUUGUGUUCGUUUAUCAUAGUUUAAAACUCCAGUUUUAAAACCACAAAAGAUAAAUGCAUGAAGUAAAACGUAUUGAGAAGAUCAAAAUUUCAACGAAAUCAACAUUUAAAAUAACAGUCAUACAUUAAGAGCCUGUAUGACACCCUUUGCUACAAGACAUACAAAAACUCUCCGGAGCACAGAAGAAAAAUCAGUCGUCUGAUGACAUCACGUCGGAUACGUCUUUGCCGGUUGGCUGGAUUAUGUGGUCGCUGUCGAACACGUCGAUCCAUGACAUCCCAGAGGUGUUCUAUGGGGUAAUUGUCUGGAAAGCGUGCAGGCCACGGCAACACGUUGACGUUGUUGGCUACAAGGAAGUUCUGUACGAUUUGGUCUGUAGGGGGUUUGGCGUUGUCAUGGUCAUAAAGGACACCUCGUGGCAGCUGUUGUAGAACUGGUAAGACAAUCAGACGAAGAAUGUCAUCAAUGUAACGCUGCCCACAAAUUCCCACUGUCAGGAAUCGAUCCUGGAGAUGCAAAGUACGCAAGUACUGGUAUUCAUUGGGCGUAGUUACCCUUGGUAUUCCUGUUCGUGGUCUGAUGUCUCCCAGUUCUGCCUGUAGAGUUAGUGGGCAUGGGUGGCUCCCAUCUGUAUCAUACCCAGGGCCUGCUCGCGUUUGGGUGUCAGUCAUGGAAUUUCG